AAUUAAUUAAUACAUAUUGUCUACAGCAAACAUGUCUGACAAAGAACUAAAGAAGCUACGUAAUAAACAAAGAAGAGCUCAAAAGAAAGCCCAGAUAGAAGAGGAGAAAAAAAAUGCAGAAAAAGAAAAGCAGCAGAGGAAUCAGAAAAAGAAAAAGGAUGAUGAUGAUGAGGAAAUUGGAGGUCCAAAAGAAGAACUUAUCCCUGAGAAACUGGCCAAGGUUGAAACUCCAUUGGAAGAAGCUAUUAAAUUUUUAACACCGUUGAAGAACUUGGUGAAGAACAAGAUAGAAACGCAUCUUUUUGCCUUUGAGAUUUACUUUAGGAAAGGUAGGCAAUUAGGGUUGGCCCUGAUAAAAUUGAUCACUGUAUUUCUUAGAUAUAGUCAACCAAAUCCAGUAGUCUCACCACCGUAGGAUUUUUUCCCAAUGCAGCUUCUCAUAGAAAUGCCUGCUACGUGUACAAGAUACUAUGGGGAGGUAUAAUGAUACUGUUAGCUCUCCUAAGACAUUAAAAUCAACAGUAGAUACACAGAUGUAACUAAGAUUAAGGUCAAAUAUAGUAGUUACCAUGUAUGGGUGUGAAUAAAAUUAGUUAAUGAUACAGAGCUUAGAUUAGUGCCUGAUACAAAGGGAGCAUUGAAUAAAUGUUGGUUAUUAUUAGCUGUUGUUAGAAGGUGUGGUGGUUAAGGUUUAUCUUGAAAGAUGGAUUAUAUUUCUAAAAGAAAAGAUGCAUAGAAAGGAAGAGGAUGCAUUAAGAAAACACAAGUAUGCUUAAAUAAUGUUGAGGUUGUUUGUCUUGCCUGAGUCAGGUAAAAGGUAAAUGGAAGGUCUUGGUUGUCUUGUUUAGAAUGCCUAGACUACAUAUAGAUACUAAGACUUUGUGGUAUUGAAUUGCUGUAAUCCAGGUGGUUCAUUGAAAAAAAAGAAGUGUAUCAUUAAGGUGAUGCAUAUGAAAAAAAGAGAAAUUAGUAAGAUCUGAACAAAGGUUGUUGCUCCAAGCAGUGUAACUGUUCUAAAAGAGAUUGAAUAAAAUGGUAUCUCUAUAGAAUAUCCAUUAAAAAAUCAUGUUUGUCCAAAGUAAUUAAUAAUGUUGGGUAAAGGUUACUGUAUAGCAUUGCUUGGAAAUAUGACACAAAACUAUAGUUUGAUUUUAAUUUUUACUAAGAUAUUUACAUGGGUAUGUAAGAUAGAAAAAGGGCCAUUCCAGGAAGAAAUACAUAAAAAAAUAACAGAUGGUCUGUUGAUGGAUUUGAGUGAUGACAAUGGUU